UAGCCAGGGGACCCACCAGGUGAGGUCUGCAGACCUCUGGCUUUUACCCCGUCACAAGCCCUCACGGUGCUCGGCGCUCAGUUUGGAAACUGUCCACUUUAGAACGAGCAAAAGGCUCUGUGGUGAGAAGAAGGAGCCCAGCAAAUCCCUCUGCAUGAUCGCUUUCUUGCCGGACUACCAGAUGCAAGCCUGAAGCCAGACCAAGUGCUCAUCUCCGUUUUCAUGCCCCUCUCUGGGAAGUGGGAGUUUGUGUCAGCUUUCCGACAGGCCCCACGUCAGCAAAAUGCCCUUGCGACGGUGAACGCCGGAAUGAGGGUUGUUUUCAACGAAGACACAGGCACCAUGGCGGACUUCCGCAUCUUAUAUGGAGGCGUUGGUGCGACCACAGUCAGCGCAAAUAAAUCCUGCCGGCGGCUGAUCGGAAGGUGUUGGGAUGAAGGGAUGUUGAAUGAAGCUUGCCAGCUGGUUCUGGAAGAAGUCUCCCUGCCAGCAUCAGCCCCUGGAGGAAUGGUGGACUACCGACAGACGCUGACCAUCAGCUUCCUCUUCAAAUUUUACUUAGAAGUGUUGAAGCAGUUAAAGAUGAGGGAUCCCCGUGGAUACCCUGACAUCUCCAAGAAACUCUUACAUGUUCUGGAAGACUUCCCUUUGACCAUGCCACAGGGGAUGCAGUCAUUUAAGGGUGUGGACCCCCGGCAGCCCCUGCAAGACCCAGUCGGGCGUCCCAUCAUGCAUCAGUCUGGCAUUAAACAUGCCACAGGGGAGGCAGUCUUUUGUGAUGAUAUGUCUGUCUUGGCAGGAGAACUCUUCCUGGCCGUGGUAACCAGCAGCAGGCCACACGCUAGAAUCAUUUCCCUCGACGCCUCCGAGGCCUUGGCAUCCCCUGGUGUGGUUGAUGUGAUAACAGCUCAAGAUGUUCCUGGUGACAAUGGCAGAGAAGAAGAAAGCCUGUAUGCACAGGAUGAGGUGACUUGCGUGGGUCAGAUCGUUUGUGCCGUGGCUGCUGAUACUUACGCUCAUGCCAAGCAAGCCACAAAAAAAGUGAAGAUUGUCUAUGAAGAUGUGGAGCCCGUGAUCGUGACAGUUCAGGACGCACUGCAAUAUGAAUCAUUCAUCGGACCUGAAAAAAAACUGGAAAGAGGAAAUGUUCAGUCAGCAUUUCAAAGUGUUGAUCAAGUCCUCGAAGGGGAAGUGCACUUUGGAGGCCAGGAACAUUUUUACAUGGAGACCCAGAGCGUACGUGUGGUACCCAAGGCAGAGGAUAAAGCCAUGGAUAUAUAUGUAUCAAGCCAGGAUGCAGCAUUUGCUCAGGAAAUGGUGGCUUGCACCUUGGGCAUCCCGAAGAAUAGAAUCAACUGCCAUGUGAAGAGGGUCGGUGGAGCCUUCGGAGGGAAAGCAAGCAAGCCCGGGCUCCUGGCGGCCGUGGCGGCUGUGGCUGUGCACAAGACUGGCUGCCCAAUCCGUUUUAUUCUAGAGCGUGGGGAUGACAUGUUGAUAACCGGGGGACGUCACCCACUGCUAGGGAAGUACAAGAUUGGCUUCAUGAACGAUGGGACAAUCAAGGCCGCAGACAUCCAAUUUUACAUCAAUGGCGGCUGCACACCAGAUGAUUCUGAGCUGGUGAUAGAAUACUCUUUGCUCAAACUGGAAAAUGCUUAUAAGAUCCCCAACCUCAGGGUCCGAGGUCGAGUCUGCAAGACCAACUUGCCAUCCAAUACAGCCUUCCGGGGAUUCGGCUUUCCCCAGGGGGCAUUUGUAACAGAAACCUGGGUGUCAGCAGUGGCAGCCAAAUGCAGCCUGCCACCAGAGAAGGUUCGUGAGUUAAACAUGUACAAAACGGUUGAUAGGACAAUUCACAAGCAAGAAUUUGACCCAGCGAAUCUGAUAAAGUGCUGGGAGACGUGUAUGGAAAAGUCUUCCUACCACGACAGGAAAAGGGCUGUGGAGGAAUUUAACCAGCAGAGCUUUUGGAAGAAGAGAGGAAUCGCCAUCAUCCCCAUGAAGUUCUCAGUUGGAUUCCCAAGGACAUUUUAUAAUCAGGCUGCCGCUUUGGUCCAGAUCUACACGGAUGGGUCUGUAUUGGUUGCUCAUGGUGGUGCUGAACUGGGACAAGGCAUUAACACCAAAAUGAUGCAGGUGGCCAGCCGUGAGUUGCAGAUCCCGAUGUCUUACAUACACCUGGACGAAAUGAACACUGUCACCGUCCCCAACACAAUUGCCACCGGAGGCUCCACCGGAGCCGAUGUCAAUGGGAGAGCUGUGCAGAAUGCCUGCCAGAUCCUCAGGAAGCGCCUGGAACCCAUCAUCAGCCAGAACCCUCAUGGUCCCUGGGAAGAGUGGGUCAAUGAAGCUUUUACUCAAAGCAUUAGUCUCUCUGCCACAGGAUACUUUAGGGGCUACCAAGCCGACAUGGACUGGGAGAAGGGAGAAGGUGACAUUUUCCCCUAUUUUGUUUUUGGAGCCGCGUGUUCUGAGGUUGAAAUCGAUUGUCUGACCGGCGCUCACAAGAACAUCAGAACUGACAUUGUUAUGGAUGGAUCUUUCAGUAUAAACCCGGCUGUGGACAUAGGCCAGAUUGAAGGCGCCUUUGUUCAAGGUCUUGGACUUUAUACCCUAGAGGAGCUGAAAUACUCCCCUGAAGGAGUCCUAUACACCCGUGGUCCGAGCCAGUACAAAAUACCUUCAGUUACUGAUGUCCCCGAAGAAUUCCAUGUGUCCCUCCUGACACCAACCCAAAAUCCAAAAGCCAUCUACUCUUCUAAGGGCCUCGGUGAGGCCGGAUUGUUUCUGGGCUCUUCUGUGUUCUUCGCUAUUGCUGACGCUGUGGCCGCAGCCCGAACGGAGAGAGGCUUGCCCCCACUGUGGGCGAUGAACAGCCCGGCCACGGCGGAGCUGAUUCGAAUGGCCUGCGAGGAUCAGUUUACGGACCUGGUUCCACAUGUGGAUUCUAAAUGCUGUAAGCCGUGGUCCAUCCCAGUUGCCUAAUGCCUGGGGUUCAAGCAUAAAAGCAGAUGUUCCAAUGGAUUUAAAGCUUCAACAGGUUACUAGUAUAAACAUCUGUAUCUAAAAUACAUAGAAAAUUGGGGGCAAUUCUUAAAUUUUCAUAUUUACAAAAUAAUCUUCGAUCACUCACGCACACUAUAAGCACUGAUGUUUGUGGAGCUCCAGUCAAAGACUAUGUUUAAUUCGAUAUAAUAAAGAGCACUUUCCACUGUG